AUGAGCUUCACCUUGGCGCGCUUCGUCCUCCUUCACUCUAGGGUCUGCUCAGAAGCUGCAACUACCACCAAAAACAAUGGCGGUCUUAUUUCAACCCUUAAUAAAAGAAAAUUUACUUCGACUGCCAUCCCCAGAGCUCAAAAUAAGACAACUGAAGAGCUACUGGUGGUAGUUGGGGGCGGAGCAGCUGGGGUUUAUGGAGCAAUUAGAGCUAAAACUCUGGCUCCUAAUCUCAAUGUAGUGGUCAUUGAGAAAGGAAAGCCUCUAUCCAAGAUGUUGGCAGAAAAUUACCCUAGGGGUCAUAAAGAAUUGAGAGGAGCAUUCUUCAAUGUGCAUGGGCCAGUUGAUACCAUGUCCUGGUUUUCUGAACAUGGGGUUAGGCUGAAGAUUGAGGACGAUGGAAGGGUAUUUCCUGUCAGCAACAGUUCGUCUACAAUAAUUGAUUGUCUCAUGUCUGAAUCGACACGACUGGGAGUUUCUCUGCAGACUGGAAAAGCUGUGAUAACUGCAUCUCCUACUGCUGGAGGGAAAUUUCUUCUAGGGAUUGAAAAGCGUACCUUCAGUUCCCCUGAAUAUGUUGAAGCUGAUUAUCUUUUGAUUGCCAGCGGUAAUAGCAAGCAGGGUUACAGUCUUGCAUCUCAGCUUGGUCAUUCAAUUGUAGAUCCAGUACCAAGCUUAUUUACUUUCAAGAUUGAGGAUCCACGGCUGGCAGAUUUGUCAGGGAUUACAUUCCCGAAAGUUAAGGCAACACUGAAAAUAGAGAAUGCCCGAAGGAAUAUACCACAGCUUACGCAGGUUGGACCUGUGUUGGUCACGCACUGGGGAUUCAGUGGGCCUGCAAUUCUUCGGUUAUCUGCUUGGGGUGCCUGUGUUUUAUCCAGGACUCUUAUUGUAGACUUCACACCCGAUAUGCAUAUAGAAGAUCUGAAGUCAAUCCUCACCCAACACAAAAAUCGGUUUGCGAAGCAAAAACUGUCCAAUUCAUAUCCUUCAGAAUUUGGCCUUGUGAAGAGAUUUUGGAUAUAUAUAUUGGGUCGCCAGGGUUUACUUGGUGAUACCUUGUGGGCUUCCAUUUCAAAGAACUCAUUAAUUUCUCUUGCACAUAUGUUAAAGCAUUGUAACUUUUAUGUUACAGGAAAGAGUCAAUAUAAGGAUGAAUUUGUCACUGCUGGUGGUGUUCCACUCUCUGAGAUAUCGAUGAAUACAAUGGAAAGCAAAAUCCAGUCACAUCUAUUCUUUGCUGGAGAGGUACUGAACGUUGAUGGGAUAACUGGUGGUUUCAAUUUUCAGAACGCUUGGUCUGGCGGAUACAUUGCAGGAACUAGUAUUGGCAAACAAGCAGUUGGUGCUUAA